AAAUAACAUAUAAUGAAGGUCGCGCUGCUACUCGCGCGCCCUCUAAAGGUGAGAGUUUCGUUGUCACGUUGUGCGGUUCUGAAGAUUCCAUUUGUUUCUGGAGCCAUUUUGGAAUAUGCUCUAAAGCCCUUACUUGCAGAGAUCGCUAUUCUCAAAGUAUUUCAUGGAUCCUUAAAAAGAAACUAUAUUGCAUUUCCGCUGUCUCAUAUCUAUUGAAUAAUGCCUGUUCUGUUUUGCCCACUUUGCCACUCUUUAUUAAUGAUUGAAGAAUCAGCACAUUGUUAUUCACUAAAUUGUUCUGCACCUACUUGUUCUUACCGAUGGUUUGUUACCCAACCCCUGGUUUUGGAACAUAAACCGAGACAAGACCUCCGUCUACGCCUAGAAGAAGACGCCGUUUUCUCUGUUGACGAUGAAUACAGCUCCUCUGCUCAAAUAGAUGAAAAAUGUCCUAAAUGUAAUCAUACACGAGCGUAUUUUGUUCAAAUGCAAACUCGUUCAGCUGAUGAACCCAGCACAAUCAAAUACUCUUGUAUGAAGUGUCAUCACAUAUGGACUGAACGGUGACAAGUGGGAUGCUUUUAUUGAAGCAUAAAUGUAAAACUAGCUAACGAUUUUCUCUGCCUACAGUAUUUUUGUGUUCUAUUUUGUAUAUAAAGCAAAUAGGUUUGCCCUAUUGUACAGAACAGUUUCUUCACUUUUGCGUAUGUAACUGGUUGUAAAUAAAUGUUUUAAAUAUUGAAUUAAAUGAAACGUAACCUCA